UAUCAUCUCACUACAAUUCUUGAUCUUCUUCUCAACUUAUACUUCAAAUGGAUCAUUAUCACACCAAUAACAUAUAUAAUCUAUUUAUUUCUUUUUGUUUUACCACUCUUUUAAUAUUAGCCCCGGUGGUUUUAUGCACUAGACAACACCGGUUUGAUAGCCCGAAAAGAAGCUUGUUGGCCAACGAACAAGAUUUAGUAACAGAUUUACCUGGACAGCCUGAUGUAAGUUUCAGGCAUUAUGCCGGUUAUGUUCCUGUGGAUGAAUCCAACGGAAGAGCUAUGUUUUAUUGGUUCUUUGAGGCCAUGGAUCUCCCUAAAGAGAAACCUCUAGUCCUCUGGCUUAAUGGAGGUCCAGGUUGUUCUUCUGUGGGAUAUGGAGCAACACAAGAAAUUGGUCCUUUUCUCGUGGACACCAACGGAAACGGACUUAACUUUAAUCCAUACGCAUGGAAUAAAGAGGCCAACAUGCUGUUUUUAGAAUCUCCCGUCGGUGUUGGCUUUUCGUAUUCAAACACAAGUAGCGAUUAUCAAAAACUUGGAGAUGACUUUACAGCAAGAGACGCAUACACUUUUCUUUGCAACUGGUUUGAGAAAUUCCCAGAACACAAAGAAAGUACGUUCUAUAUCGCGGGUGAAAGUUAUGCAGGAAAAUACGUACCCGAGUUAGCAGAGGUUGUGUACGAUAACAAUAACAAUAACAAGAAGAAUGGUUCAUCGUUUCACAUCAAUCUUAAGGGUAUUCUGUUGGGGAAUCCUGAAACAUCAGACGCAGAAGAUUGGAGAGGUUGGGUGGAUUAUGCAUGGAGCCAUGCAGUGAUAUCAGAUGAGACGCAUAGGAUCAUAACCAGGACAUGCAAUUUCAGCAGCGAAAAUACUUGGAGCAACGAUGAAUGCAAUGAGGCCGUAGCAGAAGUUCUUAAGCAGUAUCACGAGAUAGAUAUCUAUAGCAUCUAUACUUCAGUUUGCAUAGGAGAUUCUGCCCGAUCGUCUUACUUUGAUUCAGCGCAAUUCAAAACAAAUUCUCGCAGUAGCUCCAAGAGGAUGCCACCGAGGCUCAUGGGUGGAUAUGAUCCGUGCUUAGAUGAUUACGCGAGAGUAUUUUACAACAGAGCAGAUGUUCAGAAGUCUCUUCAUGCCAGUGAUGGAGUUAAUCUCAAGAACUGGAGCAUUUGCAACAUGGAGAUCUUUAAUAAUUGGACUAGUUCAAACCCGUCGGUUUUGCCUAUUUACGAGAAACUCAUCGCCGGAGGAUUAAGAAUAUGGGUUUACAGUGGUGACACAGACGGAAGAGUUCCAGUACUUGCGACUCGGUAUAGCUUAAGCGCACUCGAAUUACCCAUCAAGACAGCUUGGAGGCCAUGGUACCAUGAGAAACAGGUAAGUGGGUGGCUUCAAGAAUACGAAGGUCUAACGUUUGCUACGUUCAGAGGAGCUGGACAUGCGGUGCCUUGCUUCAAACCAAGCAGCUCUCUCGCCUUUUUCUCGGCGUUUCUUAGCGGAGUUCCUCCUCCACCGUCGCGUUAAAGAAUAAAGUCAACGAUCUAAAAGAUGAUUUAGUAAUCUAAUUAUGAGUAUUUUUGAAAGAUUUUGGGUUUUGUUUCGUUAACUUGUCAGACACGAGAUAGGGGUAAGAAAGGAUUGUAACUUGU